AUGAGAGCUGUCGAUAUAAAGAACGUGCUCUUUCGUAAAAAGACGUUUUCUGGUGGUUCUGUGCUCGAGACACCGUUAAAAAGAUGUCUGGGAGUGAUAGAUGUGACAUUCUUAGCCGUAGGACAGAUGAUUGGUGCAGGCAUAUAUGUCUUGGCAGGUCCUGUCGUUCACAGUCAAACAGGCCCCUCAAUCAUUAUUUCAUUCAUAUGCGCCGGAUUCGCUGCUCUAAUGUCAGCAUUCAGUUAUGCGGAAUUUGGAGCAAGAUAUCCGAGAGCCGGUAGUGCGUAUACCUAUACCUAUGUGGGAAUCGGGGAGUUAUGGGCUUUCGUGAUUGGAUGGACGGUCAUUCUUGAAUAUAUGAUAGGAAACGCAGCAGUGGCACGAUCAUGGUCAGCUUAUUUCGAUACACUAGUAAAUGGAGCUAUAAGCAACCUCACUUUAGAAACUGUCGGCUCAUUAAGUUCGGGAAAAGGUUUCUUUGGUCGUUAUCCCGAUAUUAUGUCUUUUCUGCUGAUUUGCGCUGCUGCCAUUGUGGUUUCGCUUGGUUCCAAGUCGUCGGCCAGUGUGAAUAAUGUCUUCGUCAUCUUCAACAUAGCUGUGAUUGCAUUUGUUACGAUUUAUGGCCUAAGUUAUGCGAACUUUUCGUUAUGGAUGGGUACCGAUGAGAAAGGAAAAUCUAGAUUUUUCCCAUUUGGUCUCGGUGGAACAGUGUCAGGUGCUGCCACAUGCUUCUUCGCGUUCAUCGGUUUCGAAGUUCUAGCCACUGCUGGCGAAGAGGCGAAAAAUCCUAAGAGAACCAUUCCGCUAGCGACGUUUGGAUGCUUGUCACUGGUCACAUUUCUUUACAUCAUGAUGUGCUCUGCUCUUACAUUGAUGGUUCCGUAUGAGCAGGUGAGUGGCGUUUUUGCUCUCCCACGUUGUGUGUAUGCAAUGGCAGAAGAUGGGUUGAUUUUCUCAUGUUUUGCGCGAAUUAGCAAAUUUUCGCAGGUUCCAUUGAUUGCUAUUGUCGUGUUCACAAUUCUAAAUGCUACUGUAGCUUUGGUGUUUGACUUAACGGCUCUUGUUGAAUUCCUUUCAAUUGGUACUCUCCUCGCUUACUCCAUGGUAUCUGCAUGUGUGUUGAUUCUUCGACAUCAAGCUGCACCCAUAGAUGAGAGCCCCGAGAGGCUUGACAACGGUGGCAGACUUAAGGCAUGGGUUCCGUUCCGCAACUUCUGGGAGAGUCUACCACAAGGGAGAACAAUCUGCAUAGCAGUUGUCACUCUGAUAUUGGGAUAUUUUUGGCUUGCAUUCUCUGUACGACUUGGUGAGUAUCAAAUUCGGUAA